GUACUGGUGCAACUACAGGCCAGCGCUCCUCCCUCCCAGUUUGUGCUGUUAUGUACUUCUGAGAAGCCCAAAAUGAACAUUUCCACUAAAAACAGAAGUUGGCCCGUGUGUGCGAGUCUACGCUUCUUCUUCUUUUAGAUCUAUGACUCUACCUAGCUCUUAGCCACUCCUAGCCAUGUUUGGUCAAGCUUUGGGGCUGCACCAAUUUGUAUUUCCUUUUCUUCAGUCUGUCUCCGGUGUAGCAGCUUUCCAGCCAGGCCUCUACUAUUGCAAGUGUGUGCAUUUGUGCAAGGGCCCUUCCAAGCUGCCCUAGCCAUCUGCCCGAAUCUAUGAGAACAAUGGAGUUGGGGGCGCAUUUAAUUAACCAGUGCCAGAACCAGGAGUGACCCACAUACCAGCUAGGGAGAGAGCUUGCUGUAGUUUUUAGCACCUCUAUGGGUAAUGAAUGCAGCUGUUGUCAAACCAGCAUCUGUUCAGGGCUGCCCCAUGUUGCACAGUGUCAUGGUUAGUUCCAGCACCUAUUUUUCUUUUAAAAAACACACUAAGUAGUGGUAAAAUGGCUCUAGGAAUUGGGGGAGAGAAGGAUGAGUUAUUAGUGUCAUGAAUGCUAACUGAUAAAUUCUAUCUUUCCUAAUUCAAAUUGAUAACUUGCAAAAUUACUUUUCAAAUGUUUUUAUUGAUUUUCUUCCUAAAGGUUAAAUAAUAAUACAUAUACAAGAGCAAAGGAAACCAUCCCAUUUUCUAUUUUUUCUUUCUUUUUAGAGUCCACACUGAACUUUUCGCACAGCGACUCUGUUCUCAUUCUCUUAGCACAAAAAAGUAUCUCCAUGAUGGGACAGCACAAUCAGACAAAUGUCAAAGAGUUUGUUUUUAUGGGAUUCUCCAGGGAGCGAAACGUAAAUUUGUGUCUCUUUGUAGUGUUUCUCUCCGUGUACCUUGUCACCCUGACAGGCAACACACUAAUCAUUGUGGCUAUCCGUAUUGACCCACGGCUCAGCACCCCCAUGUACUUUUUCCUGAGCAAUUUGUCUUUCCUGGACAUCUGUUAUACAACUAGUGUGGUGCCCCAGCUGUUGCUCCAUUCCCUGACUAGUCACAAGGUCAUCUCUUUCAGUCGUUGCAUGGCUCAGCUCUACAUCUCUUUGUCCCUGGGUGGUAUUGAGUUCAUCCUGCUAGCAGCCAUGGCCUAUGACAGAUAUGUGGCUAUCUGCUAUCCCUUGCAUUACAUGACGAUAAUGAGCAGACGAGUGUAUAUUCAGAUGGCAAUGGCUUCUUGGAUGGGCGGCUUCCUCAAUGCUCUGGUGCAGACGGUAUUUACCAUGCACCUUCAGUUCUGUAGCUUCAACACCAUCAACCAUUUUGCCUGCGAACUCCUGGCUGUUAUCAAAGUGGCUUGCUCCAACACUUUUGUCAAUGAGAUUGUGAUUAUAGUGGCAGGAGUCAUUGUCCUGUUGAUUCCCUGUGGUGUUGUGCUGCUCUCCUAUGUCUAUAUAAUCCGUGCCAUCUUACGAAUUCGCUCUUCAGAAGGUCGGCAGAGAGCCUUCUCUACAUGUACCUCACAUCUGACUGUGGUCACUCUCUGCUAUGGCACAGCAAUCUUUGCUUACAUGAGUCCCAAAGCCAACACUUCACCCAACCAAGACAAGAUGGUAUCAAUAUUCUAUGCAGUGGUUACUCCCAUGCUCAACCCUAUCAUAUACAGUCUAAGGAACAAGGAAGUAAAAGGAGCCCUAUCUAAAGCAGUAAGGAAAAGUAUCACCACUUAAAGACAUUGACCCAUUUUUGGAUUGUAAUAGGGUCUUAAAGUGCAUAGUAGUGCUUGAUUCGGGGGCUGAGGGUUGAUUGCCUUAUGCAUUCCUAUCACUAAGGCUGCAAUUGUAUGUACACUUAUUACCAAGCAAAUCUUAUUCUAAACAGUGUGUCUUACUUUAGAGUAAAUCUGGAUAGGACUGUCGUGUUAAUUAUUCAGCACUUGAUGAUUAACAGCUGGACGUGUUGACUGAAUCCACAAGAAGAGGAUUGAAUCCUGAAUUUUUUUAAAAAAUCCAUAGAUUCCCCCCACCUUUCCCUGCUAUUAUGCUCAUACCAUAAGUUUGGUUGGGGUGCCCCUGUGCAAUGUGAGAUGUGAUGAGUGGAGCUGCUGAAGUGGAACUUCAGUUAACUUUCUUAAGUAAACUUAUUUUAGGAUUCAGGUCUUUGUGUUUUUUGGUGAUAUGAGUGCUCUUUGUGUGGUGUUAUAUCUGUCACAUAUCUGUCACAUAUAUCACAUAUGAAGCCUAUCACUUACUUUCCACUCAAGUGAGAAACUUGCAAGUUUGAACCUGAUCCUUGAUCCAGCCUGCUGCUUAGCCUGGACACAGAUUGGGUAGUCUCUUGGUUGCCAAGCAAGCAGUGUACAGAAGCAGAAGAAGGGACUUACAAGUGGGAUUGGGUGCAUUGUAAUUUAGCAACUCUCAUGAAUUCAUGUGUGUCAGAGACAGGCAAGGGUCCAAUUCGAGAGGAGGUUGCUAGUGUUAAAGUAGUGCCCCUACCUAACUGAUCGGUUUUGGACAAACGAAUUUUGAGUUGCACAUUGCAGUGGCAAAAGCUUAUAUCCAUGACCGUCAAGCCCAUGUGAGGUGAUGACGGUGGACCCUUGAUGCACUCCCCAAUCUGGAGUGCACCAAAGAAGGCCCAAGAAAAGGCUGCCUGGACAAGUUUUACUUCAAAGCUGGACCAGCAUAUACUGGGGAGAAUACCCCAUAUCAGCCUUAGUGUUUCUAUGGUAAUUGGCUUUCUCUUGUCAGGGGUAGGCAGUGUGUGCAACGCCAGCCCACAAUUAACUUCCUCACAUGAAAAGUGUGACAAGGGUUGGGCCACUGGCUCCACCUCCUAUUUAUGCAUCACAAGCGGACCAAUGGGAAGCCUGCCCAUUUGUGGUCUGCUCAGCUGGCCCCACCUCCAACAAGGCUCUGAUAGAUUAAAUCAGUUCCUAUUCUAUUCAGUCCUGAACUGUUUGUUUGGGCCUCACUGGGGGAGAAGGGAUUGCAGGUGGAAAGAGAAAAAGGAAUAUUAAUGUAUUUCCAACCAUCCUAAAACUUUCUACUCUUGCACAAAAAGACUUGUGGUUUGGGACUGAUUGUACACUUGUUAUAAAGUGUAUGUUGGGUUUUGAAGAGUGGGAAAGGAGGAAACUAUAUUUGUACCUUUCAUCCCUCCUGGAAUCACUUUGCACAGUGCAGGGAUUGCACUGACGGUGUCCAGCUGCCCUAAUCUACCAUCCAGUAAAUAGAAAAAUAAAGAUAUUACUAAAAACUUAACAUGGGUUGGAAACUAAUGUACUCCAGAGACUGAUGGAUUCCAGUCCCCAUACACUAUUGCAUGUUGUAUAGCUGGGAAUUUUGCUGAGUAUACAUAAAUCAUUGCCAUGUUUCUUUUUUCCAACUAUGAGGUCCACCCAAAUUUUGUAACGGAUGAUCAUCAUGACAAUAAUAUUUCACUUAUUUACACUUAGUAAGCAGAAAAGGGUUGAAGAGAGAUAUGCAAUAUCCCUUCACAAUCACAACACUUAGAUUGGUUUUGUGGUCGCAUUGUAAUUUCCUCAACAUGUUUUAAAUAUGUAUUUUUCCUCAUGUUGAAGAAGCAUUGUUUUAAAUGCCAUAUGCUGAGAAAUCAGCAUGAUUGCUAAGUACUGAGGCUCUCUGGAAGUGACCUAAGUGUUGGAAGAACACAUUCCAUGGCAUGUGACAUGGUGUUGCUACCAAACAGGGCUUCCAACCUGUGUGUGUGCUUAGAUACACAUUUCUUUUCUUUGGAGUUGACUGCAGGAACACACUGUUGCAUGUGCGAUUGUCGCAAAUAGUGUGAGGUGGCCUUGAACAAGUCAGGAAGGAUGUAGACAUAAAAAGGUGUUUUAUGUGGUUCUGGGAGUUUUUAUUCUUAUUCUUUUAUUCUUUAUUCUUAAUUUUACUUCCCCGCCCCCAUUGGAUCCUAAGAAACAUUGCAUUGAAACACAAAGUUGCAGAUAGGGAGAGUACUGUUGUACUCAGUUUCUGCUUGAAGGCCCCCUUCUGGCUGGCCACUAUGGGAGCAGGACACUGGCUAGGUGGGUCUUUGGUCUUAUCCAGCAGCACUCUUACUUUGUUCUUUUUGUUGUUGUUGUUGUUGUUGUUAAGAAACACUUCAAGGCAUCACUUUGGAACACAACUCCCCACACAUGUACACUUAACGUAACACCAUAAGAAGAGUCUACUAAUGGCUAAUCUUGUCCAGCAACUUGUUCUUACAGUGACCAACAAAAUGCCUUUGGAAAGCCCAAAAGUGAGCCUGACUACAAUAGCACUCUCCCCACAACAACUGGUAUUCAGGGACAUACUGCCUCCAUCAGUGGGGGUAAAACAAAACCCUUGCUACUAGUAGCCAUUUGUGCUUCCUGAAUUUGUAUAAACCUCCAUUAAAUCCACUUUCAGCUUUUGGGAACAAUCCUCCCGAAAGCCUCUGACACAAGCCCCAUUGGAACGGUACAAGUGCUUUACUACUACUGGAUUGUAUUAUGGAUAUGUUCAUCCAAUAAGAAAUUCAAAUCAGCAGCAGCAGCAGCAGCCACCCCACUGACUGGGGCUGGAUCACAUCAAAGAUGCAUUUCAGUUUAAAGUGUUGUAAAUUUAAAGAGGGAAAACAGAGAAAAAUGGGACUCCACAUUAUAGGUAAAGAUAAAGAACCCCUGGAUGGUUAAGUCCAGUCAAAGGUGACUGUGGGGUUGCAGCGUUGAUCUCACUUUAAGCUGAGGGAGCCGGCAUUUGUCCACAGACAGCUUUCCGAGUCAUGUGGCCAGCCUGACUAAACCACUUCUGGUGCAACGGAACACUGUGACAGAAACCAGAGUGAACUGAAAUGCUGUUUACCUUCCCACCACAGCAGUACCUAUUUAUCUACUUGCACUGACAUGCUUUCGAACUGCUAGGUUGGCAGAAGCUGGGACAGAGCAACGGGAGCUGACUCUGUCACAGGGAUUUGAACUGCGGCCCUUCUAAUGGGCAAGCCCAAGAGGCUUAGUGGUUUAGACCUUUAUACAAUGUUAUAUCACAUAUACAACACAUAUGAAUCGCUUUUUCUUUACCAGUCUAGCUGAGUCCUGAACUGCCCCAACAAAUUACAAAGCCACAGUAAAACAUCACACAUAUAAAACUUCAUCAUAUAGAGCUGCCUGUAUAUAAUGGUUAAAGUAUCAGGAAAGACAGAUUUGGGUACCACAUAAAAAUGCUACCUUUAAAGAUCUAUUUGUUGUUCCAACACCAUGCACUACUUGGUCCCAACAGUUCCU